GUUAGUGGACGUUGAAGGCCGAACGUGACUUUUCUGAUUGUUUUGGGCUGACUUUACACGCAAACAAUGCAGAAGUGGCAAUGAACUAUGUAUUACUUAACUACUGAAAUGUCAUUGGCAAUGACACUUUCAAGUGGGUGUGGUCAUCUAAAGACGGGGUUGGGAAUGGGCGGAACUAUGAAUAGGCCUAAGAGAAUUAACAGACUGGGCGAAAAAUGAAGACGACAUUAAAUGACAACGAAUGCAUGCUUCUUGAUGUAGGCAUGGAUCUAUACAUGCAUAUGAAAAAACUCCAUAACUAAUGCUAACCGUGAUGAGAAUGACGAUGACGGCGACAGUGACAAUGAUGAUGACAAGGGAGACUUCAAGUAAAUUAAUGAAGCUAACAAUGCCAUUGAACGUUGGCAGUGACAGUUAGUGCGUGGAUCGUGGCUAUCAUGGUAGGCCUAUGCACAUUUCAAAAGACCGUAAAACCACAGAGUUUAUUAAAAAUGAACAAACGAACACACCCCCACUAAAAAAAGCCGACAUUAUUCAUGAGAAUGCCGUCAAAUCACAGACGAGGCUCGCUAACCCGUCUGCAGAUAACUACACGGCGGUAAGCUUAGACGGGGGCUCGGGUCUUCUCUAAUUAAUUAACCAAUCAACGGUCUCCGUCAUCAAUGUGGCAAGGGUCCCCUGCAGAGGCAGCGAUUUGGCCCGUCGUGAUUGACAGCUCCUCCUCACUGAUGGCAUUCCGUGUGUUGCAUCCGUGAUGAACGACGGGACCCAUGAUGAUCACGAUCAUGAUUAUGAUGAUGAUAUUGGCGGGGACUUGGCGAGGUUUGCUCGUUAAACAAUGGCUAAUUACACAGGCUGUAGGUGAUUAUAACAUGAUACACAAUUCAUCACGUAUAUAAAGCGUGUACCAACUGAUCGGCAGGGCUGCUGGAUCUGGAAAGGAGAAAACGGGCAACUGGCGCAGGCCGCGUGAGCUAAGUUCACCCAAAAGCCCUAGAGUCUUGACUGUGAAGCGGGCAGUGAUAAGGACCAAAUGUUGUUUGCGGUUGCACACGGUGUACAGCUGAGGGCUUGCCGAAGUUUAUCUUCACGUGCUAUCUCCGGACUAGGUCGUUUCAUCUUCCGUACAACCGUACAGCUAGAAUUUCAGUAAACUCCUCGAUUGUUUUUCCCUUCGAGAGACAACGACUCAGUUUUUGAACAGGGAUUUACUAUCGUAUCAUCAGCUUGCAGUAAAAUCUCGUGGAAUCCAAGAUGACGGGCGAGACGAUACCCAUCGGGCAUGGGGACUUGCACGGACACAUCUCGGCUCCAAGACCGCUGGUGGUGGCCUCGUCGUCGGUGGCUUCAUCCCUGGUCUCCUCGCCGGCCCAGCGCUCCCCUUCGCCAUACACGAGCUGCUCGGGCUGGGCCGGACCGGGACCGCCACCGACCCCACCAUCAUGUGUGACCCAGCCACGGCGGUCGGGCACGACUCUCUACGGGCUGCUCACAUCAUGCGGACCCAUCAUCUCCACGCCAUGGCUGCUCUGCCUGGAUUCCACCCGGCCUCCUUGUACUUCGCCAAGCCGCCCAUGUUCGAGCCGGCCACUUUGGCACUGGCAAUGCACAACCGACUGGUGACAGCAGCCACCUUGCCCCAACCACCGUCUCUAUCGCCACCCUCACGUACCGAGGAGCGACAUCCGAUAACAGAAAUUUGCGAGAGCGGAGAGGAGAGUCAGGGAGGAAGCAGCGGGCUUCUGCGCAGUCAGACACCGCCUUCUAGCCAGCACUCGCCGCUGCUAUCCGCCGGCGGCGGCAAAAAGAAGCGCAAGAAACGAAGACACAGGACAAUUUUCACAAGCUACCAACUGGAAGAGCUUGAGAAGGCAUUCACAGACGCACACUAUCCGGACGUCUAUGCCCGAGAAAUGCUGGCUCUCAAAACAGACCUCCCUGAAGACAGAAUCCAGGUAUGGUUCCAGAACCGCCGGGCGAAGUGGCGCAAGAGGGAAAAGUGUUGGGGCCGAAGCAGCGUUAUGGCAGAGUACGGGCUGUACGGGGCCAUGGUCCGACACUCUCUGCCUCUACCGGAGAGUAUCCUCAAAUCCUCGGAUGAAGGGGAAGGAGAGUGCUGCGCGCCUUGGCUGCUCGGUAUGCACAAGAAAUCACUGGAAGUCGCCGAAAAGAUGAAAGACACACCAGACCCGCAAUCCAGAGACGACAAAGACCAAUCCUCACCUCCGAGUCAGCACGACAAACCCUCCUUCGAAGACAAGGACCAAAUCCGGUCCAACAGCAUCGCCUCCCUGCGUGCUAAGGCCAUCGAACACGCCUCAAAGAUCUUGGGCCACACCGCACCGGUGGCGGCUCCCCCAACCAGCAGGCUGCAGUCGCCGACCCCGCACGGGGACGACGACGCGAUGGCACGGCGUAGCAGUGACGACGAGGCCGGUGGAUCGAGGAGUGAGUCUUCGUCUUCGUCGGCACCAGAGUCAGACGGGGAGCUCAACGCAGCAGAUCGCCCGGUGUCUGGUGAUGAGCACGAGGAACGCAGUGCCCGAUUACUGGGUCUCGGGCAUCCUGGUCUCGAGAUGUUCACAUCUCACUAACACAAAAUGUCGCAGACACUUGUUUAAAAUCGGGUCACUUGUUUAGUCGAAGAAAUCCCGCACUUGCCGUCUCUUCACAAAAAAACUAUGAAUGAGUCUAAUUGUAACGUAACAACAGACAUCCUUAACUAGAUAUGAGGAAGCAGUUAUCAUGCGUGUAUUGCAUGCACAUGAUACAUAUAUUAUUUUCGCGCCCUCUGUUUAUAGGCCUUUUGGAACAUUCACUGUAUUAUUUCCGUUCUUUCAGUUGUUGAAAAUAUUAGGUUGCGUCAUACUUUAAAAGACGAAAUACAAUUAGACACAUUAUUAGUUCUUAUUAAAUAUCAAUCCAGAACACACUUCACGUGUACGUCGAAUGUGUUUUUUCUUCAUAUUAUGUGACAGCGUAAAUUGGCAGUGAUGUAAAUAUAUGUUUUCACGUGCUGUUUUACCGUUUGUAUUAAAUACUUGCGGUUUUGUGAAUUGUAAAAAAUGUAAUAAUUUAAGAUUAUUUACCCUGUAAAUUGCUGAUAGUUUAAUUCAUCAACUAAAAUGUAUAAAAUACAUAAUUAAAACUUAUAAUACCGAAGACCAAAAAGGGGCACAGUCCAGUUAUAAUUAUCUAUUGUAUUGUCGGAACAGAGAAGGUCUUUUUUCUAGCUUUAUCUGUAUUUAGUUUAUUUCAAGUUUGUAUCACGUCGCAGUGGUUGCAGGCCAGCCCACGAAUGCACCAAAUGCGAAGCAUGUACAGUGAUGAAAAAUCACUGAGUGCUGGUAGUCGGGAUAUUGAGAGUUUACCCAUCGCAAAGUCACUAGGAAAAUACUGCCGAAUAUAACGUUUAACUGCUGGGUUUGUUGAAGACACGUCCUGAAACCACUGUGACUAGUGUUUAUUACCUCCGCCAAGGAGGUUAUGUUUUCAUCGGAUUUUGUUGGUUGGUUGGUUGGCUGGUUUUUCUGUUAACAAAUGACUCAAAACGUUAUGGAAGGAUUUGCAUGAAAAUUGUUUUAGGGCUGGCCCUUGGUACAAGUAGGCCUACAAAUCGAUUAGAUUUGGAAGUGAUCCGGAUCUGGGUCUGG